UGCCCCUUCUGCCUUACUGCUCCUUUCCUCUCACCUCUCCGCCACGAACCCCUCCCCCAUCUCUCCUCGUCUGCCCUCUAUUCCCUCGCUGCUCUGCGCCGAGAGAAACGCGUUGGGCACGGCGUACAGGCCAGCUCACCUUCAAGUCGUUCGGCGUCCGCUCUCCCCACAUUUUCCAAGGCGGCACGCCUCGGCGAGGCGCCUCCUCGCCCUCCAAGACGGAGAAACCCGUCUUACCACUCAAGAACCCCAGCCCUUCGCCCUCCGCCUUUCCCUACCGCCUGCUGCAGCGUGUUAGGCAAGGCAGACCACCUCCACCUUCACAAUCAACCCCACCAACCCCUAAGUCACGUUCGGAAAGGGAAACUCGCCGUCGUCUCCACAUCGCGGUGCUGCUGUGGGUCACCACCGGUCGCUCAUCCUACGUCUGCAAGGCACUCGGGCCUUCGUCUCUCGAUCCGCGGCUCUCCAUCUCCUCUCCUUGGCGUGAACCGCCCUUCAACCCAUUCCCACCAACCGUUUGCACGAAAAUGACAGCACCAGGGGCGAGAUUCACGGCCGCGAAGAGGUGGAAUUGCUGUGCAGUUGUCCUGGCGUCUUUGCGGGCUGGGGUUCAUUCAUUGGGGCGCUCAGGGUGGAUGCACGGGGAAGAGCAUUUCCCCGUCGAGGAGGGAUGGAGACGGGUGCCGUCUUGUCUUGCAGAAAGGGCCAGCAAAUGGCGAGACGCCAUCCUGACCUGGAGCUGGACAAAAUUCAUCGAGAACAUGAUCAAGCAGGAGGCAGCACAAGGUCCAUCUCGGUGGCGGUGGUUGUUGAUGAACAAGUUGGACGACACGACACCAAACACAACGCAAAUCUUCGCCCUCACCACUGCCUUCACUUCCUCGCCGUCGUAUAUUCUACAUAUUCCUUCUAAGCAUGGGUAUCUCGAAAGGAGAUAUCCUUUGACGUCGCAACUCAUCCAAGAGAACAAGGUUCCGGAAUUCGGCAAUCUAUGCCAAGAUUUCAAUGGAAUCGUCCACAAUUGCUCUCAUCCCAACGACGAGGAUGCUCAUUUCCGGCUUUCAGAGGAACAGAUAUUUACGUCUAUCUUCGCUUAUGUCGACCACUUAUUCGGGAAGAUGAAGCCCAAGAAGCUCUUUUCCAUGCCGGCGGAUGGUGUUGCUCCUCGCGCAAAGAUAAAUCGACAGCGGAGUCGACGUUUUAGGACGGCAAAGGAGGCCGGAGAGAGCCAGGAGAAAGCAGAGGCUAAGGGGGAGAAGCUGCCGGAAGAGAGGCUUUCGACAGCAAUCGCAUCACGCCGGCGUUGGCAUUUCAGGGAACUCCACAAAUCCCUCUGCAUUCAAGAUCAAGGGCUCCAUGCAACUUUACAGCAGAGAGAGGGGGGUCAGCCAGCCUAUCGAGGGACAUGCUGCUUCGUUUGCGGAGAUGAAGUUGGACGGACACCAGAAGCCAACAAAGCUCUUUACAUCUGCCGUCUGGACAGCUACUGGUGCCAAGGUGAAAUUGAUCAUCAACAGCCUGACCCGCCAUUUACGAAGAAAAACGUCGAUGUCUACUUCCCUCCUGAAGCCGUCAACGAUUUCCCUGUUGCGAUGCAGGUGUCCAAGAAACACGGUAUCGUCUUCCUUGUCACGAAAUAUGGUUUCAUCCACCUCUACGACCUGGAAUCUGGUGCUUGCGUGUAUAUGAACUGCAUUUCUGGUGAGACAACCCUCAUUACUGUGGAGCAUGAGGCAACAAACGGAAUCAUCGGCGUCAACAAGAAGGGCCAAGUACUGGGUUCAAGCUUGCCAGCCGCGCCAAUCUACCUGGCAGGUCAAUUUGGUGAGGCCGCCAAGGUUGUGGCCAACUCUCCACGAGGUAUUCUUCGUACAACCGCGGUCAUCGAAUCUUUCAAGCAGGCCUCCACUCCUCCCAGCAGGUUGUCACCUAUUCUUCAGUACUUCGGCAUCCUCCUGGAGAAGGGCGAACUCAACCAUGCAGAAUCUCUCGAACUUGCACACCCUGUCUUGCAACAAGGAAGGAAACAACUUUUGGAGAAGUGGUUGAAGGAGAACAAGGGAAGAACUUGGAGACAUUGUCCACCUACACGACUGGCUCUUAGCGUCUAUCUUCAUGCCAAUGUCCCUAACAAGGUCAUCACCUGCUUUGCAGAGACCGGCCAAACUGACAAGAUCGUGCUCUACUCGAAGAAGGUUGGCUACCAGCCUGAUUAUGUUGCACUCCUUCAGCACGUCAUGCAUACCAACCCAGAAAAGGGUGCCGAAUUUGCUGCGCAGCUCGCCAACGAUGAGAGCAGUCCUCUAGUUGACAUUGAGCGGGUGGUUGACAUUUUCAUGUCCCAAAACAUGAUCCAACCUGCCACUUCUUUUUUGCUCGAUGCUCUUAAGGACAACAAGCCUGAACAAGGUCAUCUUCAAAUGCGGCUCCUGGAACUCAACCUCGUUCAUGCGCCUCAGGUGGCCGAUGCCAUCCUUGGCAAUGAGACGCUCUCUCAUUACAAUCGUCCUUGUAUUGCCAACCUGUGCAAGAAGGCUGGCUUGCUGCAACACAUCAGUGCCCUUCACUUCUUUAUUCACUCUAUUGCUCAUCCUCUGAUAGGCACUGGAACGCUACGAAGACACCGCAAACAGCAAGUGUACUAUUGUUCACUGCUGUUCUCCCACCAGAAGGGCUUGUACUUCAGCUGGUUGACAGCGGAACAGUCGAUGAUCUGCUUGCAAGAGAUGUUGCACGUCAAUAUCUGCCAGAAUCUCCAAAGCAUGAUCCAGAUCACUACCAAAUACUCAGACAUUCUUGGCCCUGUAAAGCUUAUUGAGAUGUUCGAGAGCUUCAAGACCUUCGAGGGUCUGUACUGCUAUCUUGGUUCCAUCGUCAACCUUAGCGAGGAUCCUGAGGUCCACUUCAAGUAUAUCCAGGCCGCCACUCGCACUGGCCAAAUUCGAGAGGUCGAGCGUAUCUGCAGAGAGAGCAACUUCUACAACCCCGAGAAGGUCAAGAACUUCCUCAAGGAGGCCAAACUUGCCGACCAACUCCCACCGAUCAUCGUCUGCAACCGCUUCGACUUCGUGCAUGAUCUUGUGCUCUACUUGCAUCAGAACAGCUUGGUCAAGUUCAUUGAAGUCUACGUACAACACGUCAACUCUAUUCGUACUCCUCAAGUUGUUGGAGGCCUCUUGGAUGUUGACUGUGAUGAGAGCACUAUCAAGGCCUUGCUGGGCUCUGUUACUGGCAACUUCCUGAUCGAUGAGCUCAUGCAUGAGGUGGAACAGCGCAACAGGUUGAAGUUGAUCUCGCCUUGGCUUGAGGCUCGCGUUCAAGCUGGUUCGCAAGAUCCUGCCGUGUUCAAUGCUAUGGCAAAGAUCUACAUUGACAGCAACAACAACCCCGAGCAAUUCUUGAAGGAGAACAAUGUUUAUGAACCCCUUGUUGUUGGAAAGUUCUGCGAGGCUCGCGAUCCCUACCUCGCUUACAUUGCCUACGCAAAGGGCCUUUGCGACGAUGAGUUGAUUGCGAUCACCAACGACAACUCGACGUUUGAGCAACAAGCCCAGCACCUCAUCAAGCACCGUCAACCUGAUCUUUGGGCUCAAGUCCUUGUCCACGACAAUAUGCAUCGUCGUGCCCUCAUUGACCAGAUCGUCGCGACUGCUCUGCCUGAGUGCACUGAUCCUGAUGAUGUUUCCGUCACCGUCAAGUCGUUCUUGCAGGCCGAUCUUCCAAUCGAGUUGAUUGAACUUCUAGAGAAGAUCAUCAUCGAGCCUUCACCCUUCAGCGACAACAAGAAUCUGCAGAACCUCCUGCUCCUUACUGUCAUUCGUCCGGACAAGGGUAAAGUUGUCGGAUACAUCAACAAGCUGCAGAACUAUGAUGCCGCAGAUAUCACGAGGAUUGCAACUGAGCACAGUCUGUAUGAGGAGGCAUUGACAAUUUACAAGAAGCAUGAGCAGCAUGCCAUGGCUAUGGGUGUGCUUGUGGAGCGCAUUGUGUCAAUCGACCGUGGGUUGGAGUAUGCGACCAAGGUCAACCUGCCUGAGGUUUGGAGCCAACUCGCCAAGGCACAACUCAACGGUCUUCACAUCAAGGACUCCGUCAAGUCUUAUAUCAAGGCUCAAGAUCCAUCUAACUUUGUCGAGGUCAUUGAGAUCGCCAACCACGCUGGCAAGUACAAUGAGCUUGUCCGCUACCUUCAGAUGGCGUGCAAGACCCUCCGCGAACCCAAGAUCGACGCUGAGUUGGCGUAUGCGUAUGCCAAGACGGAUCGUCUGCACGAUAUGGAGGAUUUCAACGACCAAUGUAGUGGACAUCCUAGAGGUUUGGGAGAAGUGUUUCGAGGAUGAG